AUGGCUGAAGAUGCAGCUGCCCAAGAAGAGGCAACGCCUCCGCCCGUCGCGAAUCCAGACGCCCAAACCACCGUCAACGACUUCCUCGACUACACCGAGUUCUUCCCCUCCGACCUCGUGCGCUCGUUGCGCCUGAUCGGCGAUCUUGACCAGACCUACGUCGAUGCCACGCAAACAGUCCACCAGCUCACCGUCAAGUAUGGCAAGCUCCCCACCAUACCUGCCGGCGAACGACCAGACCCCGUGGCUCUACGUAAAGAGAUCGCUCUUGCGCUCGACAAGGCAAUAUACGCCCGGGAAUCGUCAUAUGCAGAAGCGUCGCGACUAUAUGAGGUUGCGGAGCGCCACAAGCAUCGCAUAGGCAUAAUCAAGAGGAAGCUUCAGGCGCAGCCAGAGCCACCAUCCCGCGACCCUACACCUGUUCCUGUAUCACCCCAGGCGUUACGAGGAGUGAAUCGCAACUUUACAACCCCGCACUUGCGCCUGACAUUCGACGGUCGCUUUGGCGGCAGUUCAACUGCGCGUCCCCGCGAUCGCAAGAAGUCCCGGGUCCCGUUGCCUGGUGCGCGCAUUCGCACAGCAAGCUUCUCGGACUCGGACGACUCUGAGGUGAGAUUCAACGCUGAUCUCGCUAUAGCACCCAAGAGACUGAAAGAUUACAAGGACAAGGCACCGCGGCCUCCCAAGGUGCGCGUGCGGCCUCCAGGCUCUGGCACCAACGUGCACAGCUCAUUCGCCGGCAUUUCCACGAGCAACGCGCUUGCCAGACUCUCGCCCCCGCCCGAAAACGCCAGGCCUGGCAGCAAGUGGGCGCCAUGGUUCAAGCUCACCGAGUAUGAGAUGGCUGUUCUGAGGAAGAAAAUGAAGAAGAACGCUGUUUGGACUCCAAGUGAAACUAUGAUUAAGCGUCAGCUGGAAGCGGGGGGUCGCGGACAAGAAGCAUAUGAAAAGGAAAGGAAACGCUGUGAAGAGACAGGCGACGCAUUUCUUGAUGAAGAGCCCGCCGCUCCGACCAUACGAUCGAUUGUCCCUCCUGGAAUUGCGGAGAACCCACCUGCACCCUCGCAGCCUGCAGCGGCUCCCACCGACCGAAAGCCCGCGGACAUCGAGCGUACCCCGAUCGAGCUUUACAAAUAUGCGGAUUUCGAUGACGCUGAUGCAUCCAAGGAUACGUCUGAUUUCAGAGACACAAGACAGUCAAAGCGGGAUAGUCGGCGUCGACAGGCUUUUCGCGACGCACAGGAACUGGAGAACACCACAAAGAGGAUCAAGGAGGCUGCCGACUGGAUGCAAGAGCUGAGCUUUACUGGUGCUGGCUCAAGGAAAUCUGCUGCAAAACUCUCCAACAAGCGCAAGCGUGAUUCUACGCCGCCACCAGCGGGCGAGACACCGGCUGAGGCGACCAGGGAGCCUUCAUUAGUCUCGCAAGACAGUGGCACUAAGCCACCUGAGCGGAAGAAGCCGCGGUUGAAUCUUACAUUAACUAAUGGUGGAGCUUCCACACCACAGGACCUCACACCUAUUGGUCUAUCGCCCGGCGUGAACACCGCGAUGCCGUUCCCCGAAGCUUCUAAGACGACCACUGUGCAAGUACCUCUGGCCCCAGCAGGACCCGGUACACCGAAGAGUCCCGGAAUCUCACAACUAGCUGUAGGUAGCCAGCCUGGCACGCCCGCCGUCACUUCACCUGCUGUUCCAGUCUCCACAGAAGCUCAAGCAGCUUCUGCAGGACUUCCCCAGACUAACGUGACAGCGGCCUCUUCUCGCCCCAGGAGGGAGUCGGUUGCACCACCAAAAGAGAAGCCGACAAGUCCCGCCCCUGCCACUGCACCAACUGAAAAGAAGCUAAAGGUACCUACUUCCGCGCCUGAAGCUGUUGCUCCCACUUCAGUUCAAGCGACCCGCCCGCGGUCCUCUCGUCCUAGCUCUUCCCGCGGCCAUGUACCUACGCCCAAGGCUCAGAGCGAAGAACCCAAACCUUACGAACAAGGACAGAGUUCGCGCGAACUCCGCCGUCACAGCAUUUUCAGCCAGUCCGCAGUCACGGCUCCUGCUACCGCAGCUCCUACUCGGACACGCACACGUAGGAAAGCCCCACCUAAAGGGGAAAUUUCACAUGGCGAAGAUGGUCAAAUGACAGUCACGAAUGUGAAACGGGCACAGGGCAACAAGAUUGCGAAGAAGAAGAAGCCGGAGGAAGAGUCUGAACCUGCCGAAGAGAUCGAUCAAGACGAAGAGCGAUACUGUAUUUGUGAUGGCAUCAGCGAAGGGCGCAAUCUUCCACCAGACGUCGAAGCACUCUUUACGAAACAGCCUCCCAUCAAAGAUGUCAUCGAAUUCGCUAUGGGUGAAAAUGGGACGUACUUUGUGAGCUACCGGGAUCAUGACGGAGAGGUUGUAUGUCGCCACUACAACCUUCCAAACCCUCUAACAGAGUACUUGUAUUGCGGACAUCCGCGCGUAAUACGGGAUCUCACAACAUUAUCAAUCAGCAUUGGGCCGUGGGAUUCCUACUAUGCACAUGACAAAACGUCUGCUUCGUGGAGUAAUCUGCCACCAUCAUUAGAAAAAGCAUUGUUGCACCGACUCGUUAGCCAAGACGCAUGGAAGACUAUAUGGAAAGAAGAAGGAAGAGAUGCGCCCAGUUUCGUGAGCUUAGGCGCUGAUGGGAGUUACUUCAUGCGCACAGUGAAAGGAGGCGGUAGCUGGGACCUGAAAGGCAAAGAGAAAGAGGAAGGGUUGAGAGGGACGAACGACUUCCUGGACAAAGCACCAGAUUUCAGUGCUGUCGCCGGCCUAUAUCUUUUCCCCCAACACCAAUCCUCCUACAUCCUCCUCCUCACAUCCGGAAAAGCCUUCUCCAACCUCCCAGAGCACACAUGGGAGGACUACAACAAGAUGGCACCCGCACUACCUCCACUUAUACAAACAUUAUCGCCCAUCCCUUGUGUACCUCAAGCGCGCCCUACCUCACAAACACAGAUCCCGCAGCCACAGCCUCAACCUCAGAUUCAAAUGCAGCCACAACAAGGCAACGGCUGGGUUCCGAAUCCCUACGCUGGUCAGCCUGCAGGUACGUACUUCCGUGGCCACCUCAUACAACGAGCUGGUGCGGGACCGAUGCUGCCUCCCCAGAUAUGGCACUACACAACAGGCCAUGCGACGCCGUGGGCGAUGAUGAGCGCGCCUUAUGGUGGCACGGAUCUCAACAAUUCUAACUCUUCGCAGGUGGGUAUUUACGGUAGUUCGGACGCUUCAGGUGGUGGCUUCGGCAGUUCCGACUUUGCAGGCGGUGGAUUCAGUAAUUUCGACUCUACAAGCGGUGGGUUCAGCAGUUCGACCUCGGGCGGUGACUCUGGAGGUGGAGGAUCAACGUCCACGAGCUAA